GUGGGAAAACAAAAUGUCAGUAGGAAUAUAAGAAGACGGUGGCUUUCAUGGGAUGAAGGCCUGGUAUUUUCUCUGAUGUGUAGAGUGGACAGAGCAGAUGGAUGUGAAGGGUGGGGAGUAUGACAGACUAAGAAUCUUAGGAGUGAAGCUGAUCUUGGGCUGUACUGUCCCCAUUAUGACAGGAUAUGAACUUUGAGGACGUGGCCAUUGUCUUCUCUCAGGAGGAGUGGGAGUUCCUUGAUGAGGCUCAGAGACUUCUCUACUGCGGUGUGAUGCUGGAAGUGUUUGCACUUGUGUCAUCUGUAGAAGCACUUCUAACCCCAUCUGGGUGCCAAAGCGAGCGGUGCGUUACGGCCAUGGACCUGGGAGAACAGCUCAUCCCGACGUUCAAGAAGCUAAAGAUCACGCCUGUGGUGAUGAUGCCAGCUCAGCCACUGACCCCGAUGAAGGAGGAGAUCAGAAGGCAGGUGACCAAGGCCACCUGAGAAGCUAGUGUCCCCACAUGGGGUCAACUGAAGAAGCUGACCAUCG